AUCUAAAUUAAUUCAGUUGAUUAUCUUAUUAUCACAAAUACUUACAAUUAUAAAUAUUCUAAUUAAAAGUGAUUUAUUUAAUAUGAUUAAUAUUAUAAACGGGUUAUUAAUCAUAAAUCUAUGGUAUUGGUUUAGUCAAAUUGACAAAAAUGUCUUGGUUGGUUUAAUGAUUGGGAUACCAACGUUUAAUUUGAUAAUGAUCGUAUUCAUUAAUAAAUGGUUUAAUGAUAUUUCCUCUAAUUUGAUGAAUUUGAAAAAACUAAGGUACAAGUAUAAACUGGUUUAGAUAAAGAAUUGCGGAAAUUUAAAAAUGGUAGCCGCCAAAUUCCGCGAUUGAUUCAGAUAUAUAUAUAUAUAUAUGUAUGUAUGUACGCGUAUGUCUAUUAUAUAACCUUAGCUAACUAAUAUGACUAACGUUUUGGUUAUUGGGACUGGAGGUGUAGGUGCUAUAGUUGCCUAUGGUAUUGAUUAUACUGGUAAAUCCAAUUUAUCAGUAGUUGUUCGUCGUGAUUAUGAAAAAGUUUUACAAAAGGGUUGGCAAAUAACUUCUUGUGACUAUGGAGAAAUUAAGAAUUGGAAACCAGCCAAUAUUUUCCCAUCAAUUGAAGCAGCGAGAAAAAUUGAAUAUGACUUUGUUGUUAUAACAACCAAGAAUCUUCCUGAUAUUACCCCAUUACAUGAAUUAAUAACUCCAGUUAUAACCCCGGCCAAAACAAGUAUUAUUUUAAUGCAAAAUGGGUUUGAUUUAGGAACUCCAUUUAUUGAAAAAUACCCGGAGAAUGUGGUGAUUUCAGGAGUUUCAAUGAUUGGUUCUCAUAACAAUAAUGGAACUAUAACUCAUAUUCAACCGGAUAAAACAACAAUUGGGUUUUUCGAUAAUCCGAAUUUAUCAAAAGAAUUUCAAGAAUCUAAAACAAAAGAGUUCAUUUCAAUCUAUAAUAAUGAUAAGAAUAGUUCGGUUUAUAAUUCAAAUACUAAAGAAACUAGAUAUAGAAAAUUAGUUUAUAAUGCUUCUUUAAAUUCUGUGGCUGCGUUAACUGGAAUUGAUACUGGAAGAUUGUUACUUUCUGGUGGGAUGGAAUCAAUUUCAAUUCCAAUCAUGAGAGAAAUUAAACAAGUGGCUAAAGCUGAUGGUGUUAUUCUUCCCGAUGAUAUCAUUAAUACAAUGGUUCAUUCCGAUGAUGGAGAUUGGUAUCAACCUUCAAUGCUAAUUGAUGUUAAAAAGGGUAAUCCGAUCGAAUUAGAAGUCAUUGUUGGUAAUUUAUCAAGAGUGGCUCAUAAAUUAAAUGUUCCAACUCCAACUCUUGAUUUAGUUUAUCUGUUAUUGAAAGUGGUUCAAUUCAAAUUGAAAGAAUCAAACGGUAUCAUUACUAUUCCCAAAGAAUUUCCAAUCAGUGAUAAAUAUUAUGAGUGA